AUGAUCGUAUUGUAUGUGUCUCUUCAUAUAACUUCAGUGGUAGUUGUGCCACCACGUCUGACUGACGUCCCGGGGCGGAUGAAAUGUCCUCACUGCCAGCUGCAGGUCGUUACAGAGACAACAUUUGUCAAUGACCAGAUGGUGUGGGUCAUCUCUGCAGGGCUUGCUCUUUUAAUGAUCUGGCCAUUUUGUUUGAUCCCUUUUUGUGAGGAUUCCUGCAAGGACGUAGAGCAUCGCUGCCCAUACUGCAAAACCCUCGUCCAUGUGCACGAACGCAAGCUCUGAAACAAAGAAAAUCUGAAAGACCAAAAGAAAACUUUACCGCCAACAUCUUCUGGACAGUACUGGGUUUUCUAAUUCAAAGAAAAACAACACUAUGACAUGAAAAGGCUGAUAUAUGUCCUUUUAAUGCAAAUAUAUGUGUAUAUGUACAUAUAUACAUAUUUGUAUAUUUGCAUAAAGAAGGAAAGUGAAACCCAUAUGGUCUUGUCAUGUCAUGGUGUUAUUUUUCUUUGAAUUGGGGAA